UCCAGACGCUCGAGUCGGCGCGAGUUCAAAUAUUCAAACUGGAGGCUUUGGGCUUUACACAACAAAAAAAUCUCCAAAACAACAGAUUAAACAUAUAAACAUCACUCCUUCAUACAUCAAGAUACAUAUAACAUAUGUCAUGGGUGUUUCUGAGCUCUGGUCGAUUCUGGAGCCGGUCCGGCAGUGUGUCCCGCUCUACAGUCUGUCCGGGAAAACCCUCGCCGUGGAUCUCAGCCUGUGGGUCUGUGAGGCCCAGCAUGUGCAGGGCAUGAUGGGUAAAGUCACAAAGCCGUAUCUCAGGAAUCUGUUCUUCCGCGUGUUGUCGCUCACUCUGAUGGGUGUGAAGCUGGUGUUUGUGAUGGAAGGAGAAGCUCCCCGAAUCAAAGCCGACACCAUGAGCAAACGCAGCGAGAUGAGAUUCGGCGGCCUGAAGCCCAGGAACGCCACCAAACCAGCCGCUAAAAACACCAGCAGAGGCCGCUUCAAGGCCGUUCUCAGAGAGUGUGCGCAGCUGCUGGACUGCCUGGGUGUGCCGUGGGUGACGGCGGCGGGCGAGGCGGAGGCCAUGUGUGCGUUCCUGGACUCGCAGGGCGCGGUGGACGGCUGCAUCACCAACGACGGCGACGCCUUUCUGUACGGCGCGCGCACCGUCUACAGGAACUUCAACAUGAGCACUAAGGAUCCACAGGUCGACUGCUAUCAGAUGUCCAGCGUCCGGGACGAGCUCGGCCUGUGCAGACACACACUGGUGGGGAUCGCCGUUCUCCUCGGCUGCGAUUACAUCCCGAAGGGCGUUGCUGGAGUCGGCAGAGAACACACACUGAAGCUGAUUCACAGUCUGAAAGGACAAACUCUUCUCCAGAAGCUGGAUGAGUGGCGCUCACACAGAGAUGAAAGGUCAGAGGUCGCGGUGAAGAAGGUCACACACUGCCUGGUCUGUCGACACCCUGGCUCUGCUAAAGCGCACGAGCGCAGCGGGUGUGUGUGUUGUGGGAGCGAGCGCUUCUGUUCGCCGCAGGACUACGACUCCCAGUGUCCCUGUGAGUGGCAUCGCACUGAACACACACGCCAGGCCUCCGCGCUCGAAGCCAGCAUCAGAAAGAAGACGCUGGCGUGUGAGCAGUUCCCGUUUACAGAAAUCAUCAGUGAGUUCUUGGUGAUGAAGGACAAACCCGUGCAGCCGUUCAAGAGGAGGAAACCCAACCUGAGGCUGAUGCAGGCGUUUGCUCUGGAGAAGAUGGAGUGGUCCAGACACUACAGCAGUGAGAAGCUUCUGCUCCUCAUCACACACACAGAACUCAUCAACCGGACGAGCGGCAGAGACUCGCACACACAGAUCGAGCCCAAGAGAAUACACAAAGCGCGUGUGAAGAACGGCGUCUCCUGCUUUGAGGUCGUCUGGAAGAAACCAGAUGAUUAUGUGUUUGCUGAGGACUGUGAGGAUCGUGAGGAGGUGCGGACGGUCGAGGAAGAGUCUCUCUUCAGUCUCGCGUUUCCCGAGAUCGUCCAGGACUUCCAUCGGGAGAAAGCUGAAGCUCAGGAGAACAAAAUCAAGAAAAAGAAGCCGAAAGCGAAGCAAGAGAAGCCGGCUGAUUCCCAUGAUGCCGUGUCGGAUCUGUUUGCUCAGAUGUGUCUUCAGACGGACACUGAUCCAGAUGCCGGACUUACCCAGAAACCACCACAACCUGAGAUCCAGCGCUCUCCGCCUUCCCAGAAUUCCCCUUCCGAGUCGGCUCUGAUUGGCCAGCUGCAUCUCAGCACUAUCGACUGGGACUCUUCCUCGUUCACGGCCUCUCCUGACCCGAGAUCUGCGGAAGACUCGACUCGCUCUCUCAAAGAGCGGAUCAUGAUGAAGAACAGUCCCGAACCGCUCCGUUCAGUCCCAUCAGCGCCGUCUGCAAACCCAAAGCAGAAUCCCCCCGGCAAACCUGCAGAGAAGGUGUGUAAGACGAGUGUGUGUAAGACGAGUGUGUGUGACAGCGACGCGGAGAACCGACCCGGAUCACCGAAGCCCCGAAGCAAAGCCAAGGUCAAAUCCGUCAAAAUCACCCACAAAUCCAUCAAUAUAACCCAUAAAUCAUCCACUGAUGACCAGAUGAAGAUUAAAACCCCAGAGAAGGAGUGGCUGAGACCGGCGAGCCUUAUCCAGGUGCAUCAUGGGACGCUUGAUUCAGAGGAUUCGGACGCUUCGGUGGACAGCCCUCGCCCGCUGGCUGAGAGACUGAAGAUGAGAUUCGCUAAGUGAGUGAUGAAGCACAAGUGACACUGGGAAUAAUGUUUAACAUUUCAAUUUGGGAAUAAAUGUGUGUUUAUUUCAAUUAUAUAUGCCUUUAUUCAUUUAUUUUUACUUUAUUUUGAUUUUCUGCACAUAAUCAAAAUACAUCACACAAUUACAGAUAUUAUUUUGAAUAUCACAUUUGUAUGUUUAUAGUAUUUAGCAAGUAUAAUAAUUCCAUUUUAGGACUAAAACAGAACAAGGUUAAAGUUAAGAAAUAUUAAAAAGGAGAUAU